UCAUAAGCGUUUUUGACUUCCUCCCGUUAACUUAAAGUAAUUUUUUUGAGUGUGGAACUUUCGAGUAGGGAUCCGUGAGAACUCUUUUAGUUCACUUAGUUUCGACCAAUUGUGACAUAAUUGGUCACCAAGUGGGCUGUGAACCAUAGUUAUUUUAGUGAUAGAUUUUAACGUUGUUGUGCCUAAAGAUAUUCAACCGCAAAUUAUGUUCCAGUGUUGAUGGUGCUCACUGAUGAAGAACUAAAAAAAUAUUAUAUAAAAUGACUCAAGAACUUAAAUUAGAGCCCAUUGGGCAAAAACAAGAACCUACUGAGGCCUCAGAGCUUCUUGAAAAGCAGUGGGAUCCUAACAGGACCGAAAAGGGUACCAUAGAUGACUAUGAUCCACAUUUACAUAGGGAAAUUGAAAGUCCUACAACGAAUGCAGAGACCUUAAUUCAUUUGCUAAAAGGAUGUCUUGGAACCGGCAUUCUAGCUAUGCCAGAAGCUUUUAAGCUCUCAGGCAUGAUAAACGGCAUUAUAUCUACUUUUCUCAUUGGAGCUCUAUGUACCUACUGUCUUCAUGUUUUGGUGAAGGCUCAAUACAUAAUGUGCAAAAAACUCAAAGUAGCCCUUUUAACUUAUCCAGAUUCGAUGAAAAUAGCUUGCGAAAUGGGUCCACCAUUCCUUAGGGGAUUUGCUCCAUAUGCACCUGGAUUGACUAACUUCUUCCUAAUAUUCUAUCAAAUGGGCAUCUGCUGCGUCUACGUGGUGUUUGUGGGAAAAAACUUAAAACACGUGGGAGAUGAGUACACGAGCAAACCAUAUAGCCUUAUAGUCUAUAUCCUUAUAAUAUUCAUACCGUUUCUUCUAAUAAUAUGUAUAAAAAAUCUAAAACUUCUCGCACCAUUUUCAAUAUUAGCCAAUAUUAUAACACUUAUCACUUUUGGGGUGGUUUGCUACUAUGUGGUUCAGGAUCUGGAUAAUUUUAAUGAUCGGCCUGCUGUGGGUAAAAUCGUUGAUUAUCCACUCUAUUUUGGUACAACCCUAUUUUCAUUGCAAGCUGUUGGAGUCGUAAUAGCGUUAGAAAACAACAUGGCCACCCCUAAAAACUUUAGACAACCCUUAGGGGUACUAAAUAUAGGAAUGGUCCUUGUUACAAUUAUCUAUGUUGGCAUGGGUAUGAUGGGUUACUGGAAAUAUGGUGAGCAUAUAAAAUCCUCCAUAACUAUGAACUUCAAUAUCAAAAAUAUUUUGGCUCAAGUGGUGAUAAUUUCUUAUUCGAUAGCCAUAUAUAUUUCAUAUGGUUUACAAGGAUACGUACCCGUCCAAAUAAUGUGGUCAAAUUACAUUGCGAAAAGACUGGAGGAUGCUAGUUCGACAAAGAAAACUCUCUUUGAAUAUUUGUUGAGGAUAAGCUGUGUAAUUAUUACUUUUGUUUUAGCGAUGACAGUACCCCUUCUUGGUCUUUUCAUCUCACUAGUAGGCAGCUUCUGCCUCUCAGCUCUAGGUAUAGCGUUCCCAGCUAUUAUAGAAAUGUGUGCAAACUGGCCGGAAAAUUCUAACCCGAGGACCAUGCUUUUCUGGAAAGACAUGCUUCUUAUUGUAAUUGGAAUAAUUGGCUUAUCAGCUGGCAGCUACAGCGCGAUCUAUGCCAUCGCUGGAAAACUAGCUUCCGGGGACUAUUAGAUACCCUAUUUAGGGAGUACUGAUUUUUAUUUUUGAACGUAGUACAAUUGUUUUGGUUUUAUAUAAUUUAAUUUUUCUGCUAUAUAUAAACUACAGAGAAAUAACUAUAGAUAACUUUUUAGUACAAAACAAAAAUUAUUAUUGUAAAUUUUGUAUUUACGAUCUUUUAAAAACCAUUAAAAUUAUGGUUUAAUAUAUAAUAUAUAUAGCAUAAUAUAAUUUAAAAAAAUUAAAAAACGUUAUUAAAAAAGCUGAUAAUUUUUGAAUAAGGCGUACCUAUUAGAUAUUGUCUUAAAUAUUUGAAGCUCAAAAUUAGUUUAAAAUAAAUCUACAAUCAAAUAAAAUUAUUUUGUAGUUUAAUACUUGUUUAACAGCUUUACAAAUUUUAGUAAAAUAAUAUCUGAAAACUAGUUCACAAUUUUUUAAAUCUCUGUAGUUUUAGAUUAAGUUUAGUUAAUUUCGCUUUUAGUUAAUUUUGUUAAUUAGGUUAAAGUACAAACAUAUACCAAUAACUUAUAAGCUCUCUACUCGUAUAUUUAAAACAAAAUUCUGUGAUUGAGUUAAUCACCGUUUGGUAGUAAAUUUUAAAUAGAAAUAAAAUUAAAUCGCACUGCGCAUGGUAAACAAUUGUUAAAAUUCUCAAAUUAGUUAAAAAUUCUUUAGUUUAUGCAAUCUCGAAAUGUGAUGUCAAACUUGUUACUAUUUUUGAAAGUAAUAUAUAAUAAUAAUUGCUUAUACAAGUUAGGAUCACCUCAUAGGGCAAAAACUAUGUCAAACUUAGCCACUGUUUAAUCUCUAUUUCUAAAGGGAAUUAUAUAAUUUUUUUUCUAAAUUUUGUGCCUGUUUUUUAAUAAAUAUUUUUUUAUUGA